AUGGCGGCGCCGGGGAACAGGGGGUUUGUGGACUGCGAUUGCGAUCCUAAUCCAGGGAAGAAUUCUCCCCUAGUGUCAACUGUUGGAAAGGCAACAAACAUUGUAUGGCACGAAUGUCCAGUUGGGAAGCUUGAAAGGCAAAAGCUGCUAAAGCAAAAGGGGUGUGUCAUAUGGAUUACAGGUCUCAGUGGUUCAGGAAAAAGCACCGUGGCAUGUGCACUAAGUCGGGAGUUGCAUAACAUGGGUUAUCUCACCUAUGUCCUCGAUGGUGACAAUGUUAGACAUGGCCUAAAUCGUGAUCUCACUUUUAAAGCAGAAGACCGUGCAGAAAAUAUAAGGAGAGUUGGUGAAGUAGCAAAACUCUUUGCAGAUGCUGGUGUUAUAUGCAUUGCCAGUUUGAUAUCUCCAUACAGAAGAGACCGUGAUGCAUGCCGUGCUCUGCUACCAGAUUCUAAUUUUAUCGAGGUCUUCAUGGAUAUGCCUAUAGAAAUCUGUGAAUCAAGGGAUCCAAAAGGCUUGUAUAAGCUUGCUCGUGCAGGAAAGAUCAAAGGUUUUACUGGAGUAGACGAUCCAUAUGAACAGCCAUUGAACUGUGAGGUUGUGAUACAACCAAGGGAUGGGCAGUGUGAUUCACCUGCUACCAUGGCCAAGCAAGUUAUAUCACACCUCGACGCAAAUGGUUUCCUUAUUGCUUAGCAUUAUAACAACUAUUGCCAAUUGCUUCUACACCUCGUGGGCAUUGCAGACAGGAAUAAGCUGAAGCGAAUUCCGGUUGCUUUUCCUUGUGUUACCAUCAAUGAUUUACUACCAUCGUUUGCGAGGUAUAUAAUUAGGGAUUUCUUAGACAAGCAAGCAGUGUUUUAUGGCUUUCAUUGUUGUAAACUUGUAGUCAAUAGUCAUUCAUUAAAAGUAUUCGAACGAGACACUGUAUCAUGUUUACAAGUCCUGUAAGUGUGACACUUGUGAUGUCGUAUGUGUUUGAUAAGCUGGAAAGUGAAGAGAUAAUGCUGCACUGUGUGACCCUUGGUUGCAAGUCUUUCUUGAGCAGAA